UGCAGUUAUUCUUGUGGGUACAGGAAAGUUUUUGAAGAUUACGUUAACAUUUUGAGACAGAAAUAUCCAGAAUUGCAGAUCGAUGGAGAGAACUUUAAUCCUCCAGGAAUAAAUAUGAGCCUUGCUAAGUUUUUGGGUGGACUCAAGAUUCUAGUCAUACUUUUAAUAUUUAGUAAGAUAAAUAUAUUCCAGUGGAUUGGGCAGCCCAUGCCAUUUUGGUGGCAAUGGUGCAUAACAAAUCGUCUAUACUCUUGUGUUAUAUUGUUCUUUGCAUGUAAUGCAGCUGAAGGCUAUUUGAUUUCCUCUGGAGCAUUUGAAAUACAUUUUAAUGAUGUUCCUAUUUGGUCAAAACUGGAAACUGGAAGAAUACCUCAGCCUCCAGAGCUAUUUCAAAUUAUUGAUUCACAAUUACAAAUGCAAUUCCCUGACAUGGAAAUGGGAAAUUUAGGUCGUAAUUAGUAGUGAGCAUUUGUUCUUUUUUUUAUGCAUUUGAGCAAAUUGUUUUAUUCUUUAUUAUACCUAAGUAACAGUGGCAUUUGUAAAAUAAUUCUGCAUAUAACUAUUGCAACUAAAUAUAAUUAAUCUUAAAGUUUUUUCAAAAACAAAUUAAAUCAAAGUUUUAUCUACGUGUUUGUAUUAUAUCGGUCAUUUGCACUGAUCAGUGAAAAGGAUGGCGUCAAAUUCAAUGUUUUUUAUAUGUCUUAUAACUGUAGAAUAUGUAAGAUUACGAAGAAUGAAUUUCACGUGUUUGUGUAAAUAAAAUACAAUGCACCAAAGAAUUCAUAAUACACCAGAACAACAAAAACAACAAAAGACGAUUUAUAAUACUGUUGUUUUUCCACUUAUAAGUACUAUUUGAAUACAAGAAAUAAAAGUGUUUUAU